AGCCAAACACCACAUAUCAAUCGCGCAAAACGCGAGACCAAAACACGCGCCAAGCCAGCGAGACCACGUGCCCUGUCUCUCAAAUGGCUCGGCGCGUAAACAUCAACGACCGCCGUCAGCCGCCGCGUGAAGGUGUCUGGUCGCUGGUCCUCCUUGACCGUUAAGAACCGCGUGUCCAUUUACAUUUAAAACUCUCCCACCCCUACCAAACUGAAUUGAAUUUUCGAACCCCCACACACCACCACCCACGUCCAGGCAAUGAAAGUCCACGAAAACACUGCGGAAAAUGUAUAAAUGUUUUUGAUGCGAGAUUUAAGGAGGUGGGUUUGGGUGAUAAAGUACAAAAAGAGAAAAAAGGUAGGGACUUUUUUGGGAAAUGGAAAAUGGGUUUCAGAAGAAGAAGAAGAAGGAAGAGGAUGUGAAGGUGAAGGAAAAUAGGAAAUGGAAGAAGAAGGGAUGGGGGAGAGUAGUAGGGGCAGUCGUGGUUGCUUUGCUUGCAAUUGGGUUUGUCUUCGUUUUCAAUGUCUUUUUCAACGAUUCAAAGUCUUGUCGCUGUUCUCAGGAUCAGCAAAAGUACACUGGCAUUGUUGAGGAUUGCUGUUGUGAUUAUGAAACGGUAGAGAGUAUUAAUGAGGAAGUGUUGUAUCCUUUGCUUCAAAAGCUAGUGACCACUCCCUUUUUCCGGUACUUUAAGGUCAAGCUGUGGUGUGACUGCCCGUUUUGGCCUGAUGAUGGAAUGUGCCGUUUGCGUGACUGCAGUGUCUGUGAAUGCCCAGAAAAUGAAUUUCCAGAGCCAUUUAGAAAACCCUUGCACCGAGGCCUUAAAUCUGAUAAUCCGGUGUGUCAAGAGGGAAAGCCACAAUCAACUGUUGACCGCACGCUAGACAGUAGAGCAUUUAGAGGUUGGAUAGAAACAGAUAAUCCGUGGACAAAUGAUGAUGAAACUGAUAAUGGAGAGAUGACAUAUGUAAACCUUCAAUUAAAUCCUGAACGUUAUACUGGUUAUUCUGGUCCUUCAGCAAGAAGGAUAUGGGAUGCUGUUUAUUCUGAGAACUGCCCAAAAUAUUCAUCCGGAGAGAUAUGCCAGGAAAAGAAAGUGUUAUACAAACUAAUAUCUGGUCUUCAUUCCUCAAUUUCCGUCCACAUAGCUGCUGAUUAUCUUCUUGAUGAAGCUAAUAAUCUGUGGGGUCAAAAUCUGGAGCUACUGUACAAUCGUGUGCUAAAAUAUCCAGACCGUGUUCAAAACUUGUACUUCACGUUCCUCUUUGUUCUCCGUGCAGUAACAAAAGCAACAGAUUACUUGGAGCAGGCUGAGUAUGACACUGGUAACAAGGUAGAAGACUCAAAAACACAAUUUUUAAUGAAGCAGCUGCUUUCUAAUCCAAAAUUGCAAGCUGCAUGUCCUCUUCCAUUUGAUGAAGCAAAGUUGUGGCAAGGUCAAAGUGGGCCUCAAUUGAAGCAGCAGACUCAAAAACAAUUCAGAAAUAUUAGUGCAUUGAUGGACUGUGUAGGGUGUGAGAAAUGUCGUCUCUGGGGAAAGCUUCAAGUUCUUGGUCUUGGUACUGCAUUGAAGAUCCUCUUUUCUGUUGAUGGUCAUAAUCAUCCAGAUCAACCUGUGCAGCUGCAACGAAAUGAAGUAAUAGCUUUACUAAAUCUGCUUAACCGACUCUCAGAAUCUGUCAAGUUGGUCCAUGAAAAGGGACCUUCAAUUGAAAAGAUAUUGGAAGGAGGAAUUGUUGAACCUGCUGCACAAAAAAUCACAAAAUGGCUAAGGACAUGGAAGUCAACCAUUGGGCCUAGGUUAGGGAAGCACUUCUAGCAAUUUUGGAGAAAUAUAGAGCACAGAAUAGACUGAACAUUAUAAGGUAUUGUUGGAGUUUUCAGGGGAAAAAUAAUUCUUUGAAGUUGUAACGAUAUACACGAAAUUAAAUCUAUGGGACUUCAAAUGUAAAAUAUAAGAUCCAAGUCUUAUUGGAUCCCAAAAUUGUACAUUGCCAAUUAGAAUUGCCAACUUUAUUUCUGGCAUUGCUGAACUUAUGUUCGGUGAGGUUUUGUUAUAUAAUUAUCCUUUUAUGC